UGCCGCCGAGCGAGGCGGCGGGGGCGGCGCGUUAAAGAUGGCGGCGGCGGGGCCCGGUCCCGGGGCCGGCGCUGGAGCGGCCGGGGGGGCCCGCGGCGGCCAGCACUGAGCCCGGCCGCACCCCCCGGGACCCGCCGGGAGCCUCCGGGACGCUCGGGUCGCUCCAGCCCCGCUGUCCCCGGCACCUGGCCCAGGGAUUCCCGUGGGAAGCGGCGAUGUCGGACAAGGGCGGCAGCAUGGACGGCAGGACGGACAUUGUCAACGGCAGCCUGUCGAGCAGCCCCGAGGACAUGUCGGCCGAGGAGGGCCGCGAGACGUCCUCGGGGAUCGAGGUGGAGGCGUCCGACCUGAGCCUGAGCCUGACGGGCGACGACGCCGGGGCCGCGCGGGGCCGCGCCAGCGACAGCGACAGCUCCGGGGACAAGGACAGCGACAGCAUGGACGACACCGGCCACUACUCCAUCCCCGAGGAGCCGCGGCACGACGAGGACGAGGAGGAGGAGGAGGAGGAAGAGGAGGAGCCGCGCGCCCGGCGCAGGGCGCCCCGCAAGCGGCCGCCCCACGAGCGCGACUCGUCCGACGAGGAGCAGGCGCUGGAGGACUGGGUGGCCUCGGAGACGUGGGCGCUGCCGCGGCCGCGCUGGCGGGCGAUCCCGGCGCUGCGGCAGCGCCAGCUGGGCGGCUGCUCGCGCUUCGUGGCGCAGGCCUGCGGCGCCCGGCUCUUCGUGCAAAAGUUCCGGCUGCAGCACGGCCUGGAGGGCCACACGGGCUGCGUGAACACGCUGCACUUCAACCAGCGCGGCACCCGCCUGGCCAGCGGCAGCGACGACCUCAAGGUGCUGGUGUGGGACUGGCUGCGGCGCCGGCCCGUGCUGCAGUUCGACAGCGGGCACAAGAGCAACGUCUUCCAGGCCAAGUUCCUGCCCAACAGUGGUGACUCCACGCUGGCCAUGUGUGCCCGGGACGGGCAGGUGCGCGUGGCCGAGCUCUCGGCCACCCAGUGCUGCCGCAGCACCAAGCGCGUGGCCCAGCACAAGGGGGCUUCCCACAAGCUGGCGCUGGAGCCGGACUCGCCCUGCACGUUCCUGUCUGCGGGGGAGGACGCCGUGGUCUUCACCAUCGACCUGCGGCAGGACCGGCCCGCCUCGAAAUUGGUGGUGACGAAGGAGAAGGAGAAGAAGGUCGGGCUCUACACCAUCUUUGUCAACCCUGCCAACACCUCCCAGUUCGCCGUGGGCGGCCGCGACCAGUUCGUGAGGAUUUAUGACCAGAGGAAAAUCGAUGAGAACGAGAACAACGGAGUCCUGAAGAAGUUCUGUCCCCACCACCUGGUGAACUGCGAGUCCAAAGCCAACAUCACCUGCCUGGUCUACAGCCACGACGGCUCAGAGCUGCUGGCCUCGUACAACGACGAGGACAUUUACCUGUUCGACUCGGCGCACAGCGACGGCGCGCAGUACAGCCGGCGCUACAAGGGCCACCGCAACAACGCCACGGUGAAAGGGGUGAAUUUCUACGGCCCCAAGAGCGAGUUCGUGGUGAGCGGCAGCGACUGCGGCCACAUUUUCCUGUGGGAAAAAUCCUCCUGCCAGAUCGUGCAGUUCAUGGAGGGGGACAAGGGCGGAGUGGUGAACUGCCUGGAGCCUCACCCGCACCUGCCCGUGCUGGCCACCAGCGGGCUGGACCACGACGUGAAGAUCUGGGCGCCCACGGCCGAGGCGCCCACGGAGCUGCGGGGCCUCAAGGAGGUGAUCAAGAAGAACAAGGUGGAGCGGGACGAGGACAGCCUGCACCACACGGACAUGUUUGACAGCCACAUGCUCUGGUUCCUCAUGCACCACCUGCGCCAGCGCCGCCACCACCGGCGCCGCCGGGACCCCGGGGCCGAUUCCCCCUCGGACGACUCCGGCAGCUCCUCGGACACGUCGGACGAUGAGGAGGAGGGGCCGGACCGGGUGCAGUGCAUGCCCUCGUGAGCCCCAGACCCCCAGUCCCCCAAAAACCCCAAACCCCACCCGGGGGGGCCCCACCCCACUAACACUUGGAGCUUUGUAUUGACCCUGUUCAGCCCCCCCAGGUUUUCCCCUUUUUUGGGGUCCCCUUCCCUUUUUCCCCCCUUUUUCCCUCCUUUUUGGGGUCCCCCUCCCCCUUUUUUCCCUUUUUUGGGGUCCCCCCUCAAUUUGGGGGGGUCCAGGGGGGAUUUUUUACUGCCCCCCUUCCCCCCCAGUUUUUUUGGGACCCCUGCCCCACCCCUCAAGCUCUUCAAGCGCCCCCUUUUUGGGGAGGGGGCGUCCCACCCCUUUUUCCUCAUUUUCCCUCUUUUUUCCUCAUUUUCCCUCUUUUUUCCUCAUUUUCCCUCUUUUUUCCUCAUUUUCCCUCUUUUUUCCUCAUUUUCCCUCUUUUUUCCUCAUUUUCCCUCUUUUUUCCUCAUUUUUCUCCCCUUUUUCCUCAUUUUUCCCACCUUUUUCCUGCUUUUUGCUCUUUUUUUCUCCCUUUCCUCCCUCCAUUUUCCCCCUUUUUUCUUUUCUCCCCAUUUUUCUUUCUCCCCUUUCCCUCCCCCCAUUUUUUCCCUUUUUUCCCCCAUUUUUCCUCCCCUUUAUUCUCUUAUUUUCUCCCUUUUCCCCACAUUUUUCCCUGGUUUUCCACCAUUUCCCCCCACUUUUUUUCCUCUUAUUUCCCCCAUUUUCCCCCCACCAUUCACUCCCUUUUUUCCCAUUUUUCCCAUUUUUUCCCCAUUUUCCCCCAUUUUCCCAGGGGGGUCUCCCUCCCUCUGUACAUAGCCGUGAUUUGCACUUGGUUUGGCCCCUUUUGCCCCCCCAAAAACCCCCAAACCCCCCAAAAACCCCUUUAAUUUCCCAUUUCUUUUCUCGGGGGAGGGGUUCAGGGGGGUUUUUUUGGGGGGAAACCCCCAAAAUUCCCCUGUUUAGAGGCCUAAUUUUAUAUUGUAUUAAAAACCAAAUGGGCCCGGGAGUUCUCCCUGGCAGAGCUGUAAAAGUUGGGAUAUAUAUUAUAUAUAAAUGCAAUAAAAACCGACUCAACGA